UAGAAAUGUAAUAAAUAAAUACAUAAAUAAAUAAAUAAUAAGAUCAGGACCUCAGCAGACAGGACAGUGUGGAAAAGGGUUCCCUUGAAGCUGAAUUGUUUCAAAAUCACAGCCCCUUAGCAAUGACCAAGGUGAAAUAGAAAGAAAUGCUACCUGAGCCACCUCCCCUCCGGACUGUCCUCCAAAGAGAGUGUCUGGGAAAACGCUCAGCUGUGAAAGAUCUAAAAAAAAAAAAGCCCAUCUCUUUCCGAAGUGGGUGCCAUCGCCAGCUCUGGCCAAUUAUCGAUCCCAUUAUCAAGGGGCAGGUGUGCUGGUUCCCACAUCGCUGCUGGCCCUGGGCUACUUUUCCUUGGAGCGAUUGGUAUAAAUACUGACGGAGCCACCUCAAUCUCUCUUGUGUCCUGUGCAUAGAAGUCGCUAGCAUGGCUGUCUUGUGGUUUUUGUCCUGCCUUGCGCUUUUCAGUGCUACUCAGGGACAGGAAUGUGGUGUCCCUGCAAUCCCCUCUGUCAUCAGUGGCUACGCCCGCAUCGUCAACGGUGAGGAAGCAGUGCCUGGAUCAUGGCCCUGGCAGGUCUCCUUGCAGGAGAAGAGCGGCUGGCAUUUCUGCGGUGGAUCCCUAGUCAAUGAGAACUGGGUGGUGACCGCUGCCCACUGCGGGAUGACGACCUCCAAGGUCGUUGUGCUUGGCGAACAUGACCGCAACUCCAACGUGGAGAAAAUUCAGAAGUUGGCCGUGGCGAAGGUCUUCACCCACCCAGAUUGGGACCCAGUUGCCAUCAACAAUGACAUCGCCCUCAUCAAGCUGGCGACUCCUGCUGAACUGACUCGCACUGUGUCCCCCGUGUGCAUGACAGAAGUUGUGGAUCUGUUCAAGGCUGGAGACCUUUGUGUCACCACUGGCUGGGGCAAGACACGCUACAACGCUUUAAACACCCCCAGCAAGCUGCAACAAACAGCCCUGCCCCUUCAGUCCAAUGAAGAGUGCAAGCAGCACUGGGGCAGCAACAUCUCUGACCUGAUGAUCUGCGCGGGUGCAGCCGGCUCCUCUUCAUGCAUGGGUGACUCCGGUGGGCCCCUCGUGUGCCAGAAGAACGGUGUUUGGCAGCUGGUGGGCAUCGUGUCUUGGGGCAGCAGUCGCUGCUCGGUCACCACCCCAGCGGUCUAUGCUCGUGUGAGUAAGCUCCGUGCCUGGGCUGAUGAGAUCAUGGCCAAUAACUGAGCUA